GAAAUAAUUUGUCGCAAACCACAACACAACACACACACACAAUGGCGCCCGCAACAAAAUCAAGCAGCCGCGUACCGGCGAGCGUAAACGAAUACACCAUCGUCCCCCUCUCAAUACCGCCAACCGCCUCUUUCCCUCAAGCCACAAAACACUACCUCUACCUCCGACCCAAUGCGCCCAAGAUACCCACCGACAACACACCUCGCGAAUUGUUCGCCGUCAAUCUCCCCAUCGAUGCCACGGAAGCGCAUCUCCGGGCGCUAUUCGCCACACAUGGAGGAGGCGCGCGCGUGGAAAGAGUAGAAUUCGAAGGCCAGCGCACAGGCAAAAAGGUCACGGCACCGGUGACGAGUAAGAGUCAAAGCAAAAAGAGGAAGAGAGGGGAGGAAAAGGAGAAGUUGGUAGAAUUGCCGGAGGUUUGGGAUAGGAGGGUGGGGGGUAGUGGGUGGACUUGUGUGGUCACAUUUGUGGAUGUUGCUGCUAUGGAGAUGGGAGUUAAAGAGGUGAAGAAGGCUGUAAAAGGUGGUGAGGAGAUUAUUUGGGGUGAGGGAGUAGAAGGCAAAGUUCCUGGAUUGGGUGCUGCUAGAUAUCUAUCCCACCACGCCCUCCGCUUCCCCUCCACCGCCGCCCUCCAAGCUUCAGUCGACGCAUACAUGACUUCCUUCGCCGAGCAAGAAGCCACCCGUGCCCGCGCACUCGCCCGCCAACGCGCCGAACCAGACGAAGAUGGAUUCGUCACAGUCACCCGUGGAGGACGCAUGGGACCCGCACGUCUGGAGGAAGCGCAAGAAAAGGCGGAAAAGCAAAAGGAAAAAGCAAAGGGCAAGGAGGACUUUUACCGAUUCCAGAUGCGCGAGAAGCGCAAGGAGAAGGCUAAUGAGUUGCUCAAGGGCUUUGAGGAGGACAGGAAAAAGGUGGAGGCUAUGAAGAUGAGGAGGAAUAAGUUCAGACCGAAUUAAAGUCUAGGAUUGCCACUUUGCAGGACAAGAUGGCGUUGCUAGGAUGGUUGCUUCGAGAGCGAUGCAGUCACCAUUCAUAUCGACUGUCAGCAUCCGGCAACAUCAUUCUUAAUUGAUCAAAGGCAUGAUUUGAACGCUCUGGAAGUCAGGCAGUUAGCAUGAAUCUGCAUACCUUCUCUUUCAGAACAUUGAACAGUCACGGCUUCUGUGAGACGUUUAAGGUUGUAACUCGCAAGCAAUGCUCUUUCUGUCUUGAUCUUUGUACUUGAGCAUUGGCAGAGACGAGUCCCGGCUCCCGAGGCAUUUCCAACGGCAAACAUCGUGUAGAGUGCUUAGUGCUUGAAUCGUAGAGAAGUAACGC